CGAUUCCCUGCUAAAUUUCCCCCCCUCCCCACCUCCCACCCCUGCCCUCCCCACGCUCAAUGACUAUGCUGCUCGACAGCGGUCCGCAGUUCGCGUCGCUCGGGGUGGGCGGCUUCGGGACCCCGCGGCACCACCACCACCACCACGACCUCGGCAACCGGGACCCGAGUCUGGCGCUCAACCCCUUCAGCGAGUCCCCGCACUCGGCGGCGUUCAAGAUCAGCCCCGUGGGCCACGACAUCGCCUCCGGGCAGACGUCCGCCUUCACGCCGCAAGCCGGCGGCUAUGCGGCGCUGGGACACGCACACGGCGGCCAGGUGGGCUCGUACGGCGCGGGGGCCUUCAACUCCACGCGGGACUUUCUGUUCCGCAACCGCGGCAUGGCGGAGUCGGCGGCGGCGCCCGGCGGCGCCCAGCACGGGAUCUUCGCCGCCUCCGCCGGGGGCCUCCACGGGCCGCCGGACAACCCGGGACACCUCCUGUUCCCCGGGCUCCACGAGCAGGGCCACUCCUCCCCCGGAGGACACGUCGUCAACGGCCAGAUGCACCUGGGCUUGCGCGGGGACAUCUUCGGGCGCGCCGACCCCUACCGGCCGGUGGCCAGCCCGCGCGCGGACCCCUACGCGGCGCACUACAACCACCCCAUCAACAUGAACAUGCACGGCAUGAACGUGCCGAGCCACCACGGCCCCGGGGCCUUCUUCCGGUACAUGCGGCAGCCCAUCAAGCAGGAGCUGUCGUGCAAGUGGAUCGACGAGCACCAGAUCAACCGCGCCAAGAAGACGUGCGACCGGACGUUCAGCACCAUGCACGAGAUGGUCACGCACGUCUCCAUGGAGCACGUCGGCGGGCCCGAGCAGAGCAACCACAUCUGCUACUGGGAGGACUGUCCCCGGGAGGGCAAGUCCUUUAAGGCCAAGUACAAGCUGGUCAACCACAUCCGCGUCCACACCGGGGAGAAACCCUUUCCCUGUCCCUUCCCCGGCUGCGGCAAGAUCUUCGCCCGCUCGGAGAACUUGAAAAUACACAAAAGAACACACACGGGUGAGAAGCCCUUCAAGUGUGAAUUCGACGGCUGCGACAGACGCUUCGCCAACAGCAGCGACCGGAAGAAGCACAUGCACGUGCACACGUCGGACAAGCCCUACAUCUGCAAAGUGUGCGACAAGUCCUACACGCACCCCAGCUCUCUCAGGAAACACAUGAAGGUCCACGAGUCCCAAGGUUCAGAGUCCUCCCCGGCAGCAAGCUCCGGGUACGAGUCGUCCACGCCCCCGGUCCUGGUGUCGGCCUCCAGCGAGGACCCGACAAAGACGCCCCCGUCAGCGGUGCACAACACGCCGGGACACGGCGAGGGUCUGGCGCCUAACUUUAACGAGUGGUACGUGUGAAGAACCAGCACGGAUACAAUUUUUUUUUUUUUUUUUUUUUUUUU